CUAACCUGAUGUAAAAUUGUGGAUUAUAUUCAGAACAUACAGAAAAUUAACGGACCGUUGGGGCCGAAGCAUUAUGGGAGUUGUAGUUUUUAUUCUGGGUUGGCAUGAUCACACUCAGGCCGUCGCUUUAUUUUUUUCUCACAGUGGACCUUUUAAAUGUUUUUUUAAGCUUCCGACAAUCCACAGCCAUGGCUAUAAUCAUUUUUCUCCCUCGUUAAUUCAGACGGGGAAAAAAAAUUGUCGGUUUGGAGCGCAUGCGCAAUAACAGCCAGCCACCACUACUACAACAACAACUGGGAGGGACGGUGCAGAACAUCUGUGGGGAGAGGGAAUUGUAUAUUUACAUUACUUUGCGGCAUCAGCUCUCUGUCCUAGUGUCCCUUGUUGCCAUUAGCGGACUCUCGAAGUUCAGUUACUGUGGGAAACGCAGGGACCUGGUUGUGCACAGCAAGAUCCCACAACAGUAAGGUGAAGAGCUACCAGAUAAUCUGCUUAUAAGUGUUUGGGGGGGCGCUCCUCACCCAUUAGUCUUAAGGUAUCUAGACCAUUCGCCUUCGAAAGCAAACCAGGUCUCUCUCUGCCUCACUCCUGGAGAGGGCAGGGGGUGUUCAGCCAUGGAUCAAGAAAGAAGAUUUCCCUGCAAAAUCUGUGGCUCUAGCCGUCUUCAAACGUUCGGCGUCGUCGUGAAGUCUUUGGAAGAUCUGGUAGCCAAAGGGAGAGAAAAACUAUGUUUUGACAAAAACGAUGCACAACAAGCAUUUACAGUUGUGCUUGAAGAUGAUGGGACAAUUGUUGAUGAUGAAGACUAUUUUGCAUACUUACCAGAAAACACAAAAUUCAUGAUCCUUAACUCUGGUCAGGAAUGGACUCCUGCAAACAUAGAAAUCAAGAGCAACUUGGAUACAAGGACGAAUGAUGGUGUUGAUGGUGGUGUUGGAUCUAUAGACUCUGUGGAUUAUCCGGAGCAGUCCAAUGAUUGGAGAGUUCUCGCUAAACAACUGAGACAGAAUCUUGCCAGAAUUAUUACAAUGUCUGAAUCUGAUCUUCAGAUACUAAUUGAUGUACCAUCUGCUGAGCUGGCAAAGGAGCUGGAUGAAACUUUAAAAGGAACUGAAGCAAUACAGGACUCCCUUCAACGUGCACUUGACAACCGAGAGGAACAGCGGGAAGCAAAGGAACUAUUAAAACUGUACCGGAAUACCUUUCCAGUUGAAAAUGAUGAUUCAGAAUCUGCUAAAGAAACUGAUCAAGUGGAUGGUUCAAAUCUGAUGACCAGUGAAACUUUCUGGCUGAAUAAACACAUAAUUGAAGUUCUCAGGCAGAAGGCUAGCCCAGAGCUCAGCUUGUCGAAUCAUGAGCUCCAGGAAAUUUUCAAAAGAAGUGAAGGAGAUUUAAGUUCCACUUUAAAUCGUUCCAUUGAGGAAGUAAGGUACCUGCAGCAAGACUGUAGGAAGGAAUUUGACAGACGCAUGGCCAAAGUGAAGAGCCUGGAAGAAUUGAGCCAAUAUUCAACAACGAAAAGGUGUGACGGUGUGACACUGUGACAGAGUCUUAACCUUUUAGGCAGAGUGCCUGGGAUCAAAUGACAAAAUAAAUGCAGGCAGAGUUCCUUCA